GAGACAUUCGUUGUAUUCUAUUGGUAGAGUCCUACAUAUCUGACUCGAUAUACUGAUGUGUCUGGGCAUACACGCAUCGACUUGCAUGAGGGAAAAAGGCACCCAACCAACACGAGAAAAAUGUCCACACCAAAGCCACCCACCCACAGCGUCACCCGCUCACUCAACAAGACAGCAACCAGCCUGAGCCAGAAAUCACCACUUGCGCACACCACAAAGCAGAAAACGGCUGCAUGAAGCAUUCCCUUUCAUGAAGCAUCCCUUUCACGAUUACCGCCUUGUCUGUGGGAACAUUGCCCUCUCCAGCCCAUAUCUGGCUAGCAGAGGGCGAGCGGCAGCAGUACCGAUGGGGAAAUUCAAUCCGUCGAAAUUCCUGCUGCGUUCUGGUGCCUCAUUUGAGUAAAGCUGGAUGCGGCCAUCAUGUUGGUCAUUUGCCACCUCCAGGUAGGCAGCAAUAGUGUCGGCCUGCCCGGUGCCCUUGAGGAUGAUGAUUCGCUGGCGACCGUCAUCUCUCUCGCCGAACGGAUACUCAUCAAAAUAGUCGAUAAUCUUGAAGCCGUCGAUGAGUUCCGUCAGCAGACGCAUAUACCGGGGGUCGUCACAAGAGAGACGACAAACACCCACCAGCUUCCUCUCGACCCUAUGUUGACGACACCACUCUGUCAGAGCCAUUGCCUUGAGGAAUGAAGUGAAUGACCGAUAGAGAGUGCCACCAGAGCGGAUGGGCGGAU